ACACAGACCCUGCUAUAUAGUAUUCUCCAAAAACCUUAGCUAGUGCUGUUAGUGCCUAUGUAGGUUUAGUUUUCGAAGUUCUUCCGUGGCCCUUUUUGCUUAUUAUAUCAAUCCUUGGUGGGAGACAGAGGAAACAUUUUUAGUGCUAUUUUACAACUGAGGAAAUAGAGGUUUGAAGAGAACUCAGGAAGGCUCAGGGUUAUCCAGCAUUGUGAGUGACAGAGCUUGGAUCUGAACGUAAGUCUGCUCCAGACUUCUGUUUCCUGAAGCAUUCUCUUGAAAUCCCUUGGUAAGGAGCUGCAGUCUCAAUCACGCUGUCCAGGGGCAUGAAAGGCGGAUCCCAUAAUGCAUCUUCAAGUGGUCAUCUUAAGCCUCAUCCUACAUCUGGCAGAUUCUGUAGCCGAUUCUGUAAAUGUUGAUGGAGUGGCAGGUCUAUCUAUCACACUGCCCUGCCGCUACAACGGAGCUAUCACAUCCAUGUGCUGGAAUAGAGGCACAUGUUCUGUUUUCUCAUGCCCAGAUGGCAUUGUCUGGACCAAUGGAACCCACGUCACCUAUCGGAAGGAGACACGCUAUAAGCUAUUGGGGAACCUUUCACGCAGGGAUGUCUCUUUGACUAUAGCAAAUACAGCUGUGUCUGACAGUGGCAUAUAUUGUUGCCGUGUUCAGCACAGUGGGUGGUUCAAUGACAUGAAAAUCACCAUAUCAUUGAAGAUUGGGCCACCCAGGGUCACUACUCCAAUUGUCAGAACUGUUCGAACAAGCACCACUGUUCCAACGACAACGACAACGACCCUUCCAACAACAACAACCCUUCCAACGACAACGACCCUUCCAACGACAACGACCCUUCCAACGACAACGACUCUUCCAAUGACAACAACCCUUCCAACGACAACGACUGUUCCAACGACAACGACUCUUCCAACGACUCUUCCAACGACGACUCUUCCAACGACUCUUCCAACGACAACGACUCUUCCAACGACUCUUCCAACGACAACGACUCUUCCAACGACAAUGACCCUUCCAAUGACGACGACUCUUCCAACGAUGACGACUCUGCCAACGACGACGACCCUUCCAACGACGACUCUGCCAACGAUGACUCUUCCAACGACAACGACUCUUCCAACGACGAUGACUCUGCCAAUGACAACGACUCUGCCAACGACAACAACUCUUCCAACAACAACAACUCUGCCAACGACAACCAUGGUUUCUACCUUUGUUCCUCCAACACCAUUGCCCAUGCAGAACCAUGAACCAGUAGCCACUUCACCAUCUUCACCUCAGCCAGCAGAAACCCACCCUGUGACACUGCUGGGAGCAACAAGGACACAACCCACCAGCUCACCAUUGUACUCUUACACAACAGAUGGGAGUGACACCGUGACAGAGUCUUCAGAUGGCCUUUGGAAUAACAAUCAAACUAUUGUCCUAGAUUUUCACCAUAGGGUUAUAAACUCAGAUCAUUUGGUCUUACCCUUAUGUUCCAGAAGUCCCCAAGCACCAAUACAGCAAUUGUCCCCAGAACAUAGUCCACAGAUGGUCAACACCACUGAAGGAAUCUAUGCUGGAGUCUGUAUUUCUGUCUUGGUGCUUCUUGCUGUUUUGGGUGUCGUCAUUGCCAAAAAGUAUUUCUUCAAAAAGGAGAUUCAACAACUAAGUGUUUCAUUUAGCAACCAUCAAUUUAAAACUUUGCAAAAUGCAGUUAAAAAGGAAGUCCACGCAGAAGACAAUAUCUACAUUGAGAAUAAUCUUUAUGCCAUGAACCAAGACCCAGUGGUGCUCUUUGAGAGUUUACGCCCAUGACUGCAGAAGACUGAACAUAUCGGACGUCUUUGAGACUCCAAGACAAUUUUUCUGUUUCAGUUUCAUCUGGCCUUCCAACAUGUCAGUGACACUGGGUAGAGUAACUCUCUUGCUCCAAACUGUGUAUAGUCAGCCUCAUCAUUAAUGUAGUCCUAAUUUUUUGUGCUAAAACAGGUUCAAUCAAUCCUUCUGAUCAUUGUAGAGUUCUCUGUCAAACAUGAACACUUUAGAAUUGUAUGUUCUCUUUAGACCCCAUAAAUCCUGUAUCCAUCAGAGAGAAUAGUCACUGGAAACAUAGCAAAUGAACUUCUGUCUUGGCCAUCAAAGCUGUGCAGAAGAGGGAAAUCUGUCUUAAAAAUCAGCAAAUCCGAUGUGAGACUUCAUUUGGAAGCAUUACAUGAUAAUCUCUUGUUUCUAUAUGAUACUUCCAAAUGUUGCAUUUCCUGUGUUUUCCAAAGGUUUCAAAUCAUGGGUUUUAAUUGCCUCCAUGGGGAAAUAAAGUGAGUUUAAUUCACCCUAA